AUGGCCUCGACUCUGCCCCUCGCCCCCGAAGAACACACAGAGCGUCUGGUUGGCCGCACAGAGCCCAGGGUCAAAGACUGUCCGAGCCUUCUGUGCGAGGAGCUGGAGGAUUUGGAAACAAAGAACCACCAAGGGAGAAGGAGGAGGAGGGAAGGAGAGGAGAGGGCGUUUAAUCAGACAGAGGAUGACGAGGCAGGAGAGGAAACAGGUCGAGAACACGAGGAGGGGGAGGAAGAGAGAAAAAGGAAAGAUGUUGAUUUAGAAAAUGAACUGAUGGCGACAGAAGAAGAGGAGCAGGUGAGGCCAGAGAGCAGGCUGGGAGCGGAGGAGGAGCAGAUGGAAGACGACAAGAUUGAGAACAACAAGGAAACAAUCGCCGACAAGCAAGAGGCCAAAGAAACGAAAAGUCUAGAAGAGAAAAAUGAGAAGAAAAAGGGUAGGAAGAGGUGCGGUAGGAAGCUAAGUGAGCGAGUGAGAAACAGGAGAGGUUAUAAAGAUGUCAGCGAGCGCUAUGAGGAGGAGAGUGGGAUCCAGGAGGCGCCAGCGAUGAGUUCAGAGGAGAGCUCUGCUCCGGCCGAGCCUCCCAUCGGUCUGAUGAACAGCUGCGACCUGUCUGACCCCGUCUUCCUGGGCUGUGGGGGGGCCGGCCUGUACUGCCCUCCUCCUGCUCCUCUCCCCCCGCUGUACUCCUCACAGCCUCCUGUCCCCAUCCAACCUGCACCUCCUCUACUUCACGGGACAAAAAGACCCUGCAGCCCCUCUGUACUUUACAGUCACUCCCUGCAGGGCCCACAGCCUCACGAGAUGGAGAUAAACCGGGUCUACUCCACCCGACACUGCAUCCGCUACAGCAGCAGGGGUCGAGGCCUCAGCCUUCCUCUGUUGCCGGGGGUAGAAAAGGUCGUUGACAACGUCCUGCUUCCACCUCCUCCCAAGAAGAAAACCAGAACUCUCUACAGUACCGAUCAGUUAGAGCAUUUAGAGGCCUUGUUCCAGGAGGACCACUAUCCCGACGCAGAGAAGAAGAAUAUCAUCGCCAUUUGA